AUGGAGUCACUCGCAGUUCACGCCCUGUUGGGUUUGACAGUCCUCUACGUCGUGAACAGGCUGUUUUUGACCAAAAGGACACCUGCGCCCCUGCCACCAGGCCCUUCUCCAAAGCCAAUUGUGGGUAAUUUGGGCGACCUGCCCCCUUCUGACGCACAUCAUUGGGAGCAUUGGCUAAAGCACAAGGAACUAUACGGGCCGAUCAGUUCCAUCUCCGUUUUUGGUCAAAGGAUAGUCAUUUUGAAUGAGGCAAAAGUCGCGUUCGAUUUGUUGGAGAAGCGCUCUGUGAUACAUUCCUCUAGACCAGAACAGGUAUUUGCUGGCAAGAUGGUUGGAUGGGAAAAUUCCCUGGCUGUGCAGACAUACUCGGACCGUUUCAAAUCGUAUCGCAAAGCCAUGCACCGUGUGAUGGGCUCGAAGUCAGUCGUUUCAGAAUUUGACUCUUUGCAGGACGUAGAGGUCCGUCGGUUCCUUCUUCGGGUGCUCAGAGAUCCGGCUGGUCUAGUCCAGCACCUCCGAACGGAGGCGGGCGCAAUUAUUCUAAAGAUUGCUUACGGCUACACGAUUGACCCUCACAAGCCCGACAUCCUCGUGGAUUUGGCUGACCAGGCGCUGGGAGAAUUUUCCAAGGCUGCAGCUCCAGGGAAAUGGCUGGUUGAUCUGGUUCCUAUGCUGAAACACAUUCCUACCUGGUUCCCUGGCGCGCAAUUCAAGCGGACCGCUCAAGAAUGGAAAGCAAGGGUCGUGGCCACAGCAGAACAGCCGUACGCCUUUGUUCGCCAGCAGAUGAAGCUGGGAUCUCACAAGCCUUCAUAUGUAUCUAGUUUGUUGGAGGCAAGGCCGUUGGGAUCCCAUAGCGAAGAGGAGGAGUGGGUUAUUAAAUGGUCUGCCAUGUCGCUGUACACUGGCGGAGCCGAUACCACUGUCGCAUCCUUGGCCUCCUUCUACCUCGCCAUGGCUCUUUAUCCUGACGUCCAGCGCAAAGCUCAGGAUGAGCUUGAUCGUGUGGUUGGUUGCAACAAACUACCCACGUUCGCAGAUCGAGAGCAACUUCCAUACAUUGAUGCACUGGUCAAGGAGGUGCUACGAUGGCAUACCGUUGGUCCGAUGGGUCUUCCACACACGAGCACACAGGAUGAUAUCUAUGAGGGCUACUUCAUCCCCAAGGGAUCCAUGUUUCUUCCCAAUAUCUGGUUCGUUUUGUUUAUUCUGACACAUGAUCAAUCCUCUGACACCGGCAGGGCAUUCACCCACGAUCCAAAUGUCUACAAGGACCCGAUGGUCUUCAAUCCCGAACGAUUCCUCGGCCCGACCCCCGAGCCAGAUCCCCACACCAUUGCCUUCGGCUUCGGCCGGCGCAUCUGUCCAGGAAGGAUUCUUGCCGACAGGACCGUCUAUCUCGGCAUUGCGAAGUCGCUCGCCGUGUUCAACUUUGGCAAGAGUACCGAGGACCAGCAACCGCUCUUCCUUCCUGGAGUCAUUAGCCAUCCAGCCCCGUACAAACUGAAUAUUACACCCCGGAGUCCAGAACAUGAGGAACUGAUCCGAUCGGUUGAGAUUGACCAUCCGUGGGAAGAGAGUGAUGCGGCAGCCUUGAGGAAUCUGGAGUACUAG